AUGGCUUUUUUCUCUCCCGGUUGGCUAAGGAAGUCUGGAAAAAUCCUCAAAGAAGCUGCAGAAUCUCUGAGUCCUCCGGAGUCACACAGAGAGCAUGGAAGGGUUCCGGUGGUGUUUCGAUACAUUCGCCAGGGUUGGGCUAAAGAAAGCCCUGUUCUUGAAAGGGUCGCCCUUGGCAGCGUCGUGCAGGAACCAUCGAGCCGCUCUCGCCUUGCUGUCUCGAGCUAUCGCGAAGCCCGCGGCUCGCAGCUGGUUGUCGUGGGACAUCGCUUCUCCCAUCACAUCUGGGUCACGGGGGAACAGAAUCGAUUCGCAAUCCUGAAUUGUGAUGGCACACUCGAACCGCGCGCUCUCACCUUGUCGCCCCCUCCUGAAGUCUUGAGGAAGCAGGGCCUAAACCAUCUCGGAUUAACCAAUCAUUGUACUGAACGCAAAUGCAGCUUAAUCUUUCGACGCUCGUUCGCCCUCUUGCUCUCACUACCGGCCCUUCCCACAAUGCAUCCCGUCGAAGACUGCCAUCUGGUUGCGACACACCAAUUUUUGGCUCUUCAAAAGAAGCCCCAAGAAAACCUGCCAAAUAUAUCCUCGCGACGAACAUAUUCGUCGUACGACAUGGACCCUCAUAUACUGAUACGGGCAGGUCUCUUACAUACACCAAAGGGCAAGCUUUGGCUCGAGCAGGACCGAGUUUUCGGCAACCCUCUAUCCAGCGGCGCGGAACGCCAUCUUGUUGUCAAGAAGCUGUCGGCACCGACAGGCAACGUCAUCCCAUUUCCAAACCGUCGUCAAACCGGCCACUUAGCUCCAUUCAGUAGGAUUAGCACACCACGACACAGACGUCGCAUUGUGUCUGCUAGUUUCCACUCCUCACUCACAUCCCAUGAAUUCGAGCUUGUUUCCUUAUGCGAAACUAUGAGUCCCCGCUUCCACUUCCGCGCACUUGCUCUGAAGGAUGUGGCUUGGCCAAGGAAAGUUUGGUUGAAUCGUCAUGCGUUUGAGAUUCUCCACACCGAGGCCCGAAUGCUGAAACAAACCUCCUUGCGGAAGGAGGCCGCUCCGUUGGUUGCCACUGAUAAUCAUCUCCUAAAUUGCCUGGAUUGCAACCCAUUCCUAACUCUAAGAAUUUCCUCCACCCUGCUCUACGAAACCACUACAUGCGCGACACCACUAGAAAUAAGUCUCAUGCCGGCUCACCCGAUUCCGGAAUUUCCACAUGGUGAGAACAGUAUCAAGCACCGAAUAUCUCCGGAAAGCAGUUAUCCAACACCGAUUCUUAUCGCCCUGGUUAACGUGUCCGACGAGGAUGAGUUCCUUCUCUCAGGUAAAGGAACCCCGAGUUUAAUAAAUCAAGUCCGCACAAUAUCGAAGAUACAAUAUAUCAAUCUCGCAGUUGGCGGGCGGGGUUCCCCUUUUGGCACUCGGCCCAGCCUGGAAGGAAUAGACCGAACGGCAGAGACCCUGACGCUGGAUAGAAUCCUCAAAGCCGUUCGCCUGCCCCUCGAACAUCUUCAGCCCACAUCCGUCGAUAAUUCGAGAUAUUCUCAAGCCAGGCCGAUUGAAACCCCGGCUAGAUGGUACAAUCCUGGCCCUGGGGCCAGCACGACAGAAAAUGGGGCACAGCUCCAGCGUUCAGGAUCUGGAAUCCUUCAAAUGCAUUCAUGCCCUCUCAUUCCUCUCAAGGCCCUGGUCUUCUAUCGAUUUGAUUUCGCACGCCACCUAACAACCCUCCAUUAUUCCACUGCAAUGCGCAACAACGCCAAGAAUCUCCAGAUCUCGUGGAGUACGAGGGAGCUCGUUAGAACAAGAUUUCAAUAUUCACUUCUGUUCCUUCUCAAUCUUACAAUGUCGCAUUUUUUGAGAUUCGGUGCUAGGGUAAAAUGUACAGCUGGUCAGAACUAUGCAGUUGGAAUCAGCACUGGGGUUCGCCGACACUACAGACUAAGUCAAGCACACUUGCAAGGUCGUGGCUGCCACGUGGAGGGUAGCAGAUCUUACGGUGUGCACUAUCAUGCUGUCAAACAUGUAUCGUACAGCAGUCGAGAACUAUAUUCGAUAAAGUUCAUCUCUUCAAAUAAAGGAGUGGUUCCUGCCCUCCGUAGAAUGAUUCUCUUCUUCAAAUCUUUCUCCUCCUACGUCACAGUAGUAGAUAGCCACCACACAAUAUCUAACCAGGGGGCUCGUCUUCAAGCAUCGAAGAAGCUCAGAGGGCCUUCCUGUCUUAGCUCUAGAACCCUAGCCUCGGUAAUUUCCAGCCCUUCAGCAUAUUAA